AUAAUUGUUAAUGGAGAAACAUUCAGAUACUGGGUAACAGUGCUAUAAGAGUAUUAUAUAAUUUACACUGGAGGAAGUUUGUAUUGAUAGCGCAUGGUUUGUUAAACAUUGUACUUUCAUCUAGAAAAAGUUUGCGAAAACAUGAUCUUGGAGUGUGAAUGAGCAGGCUGAUGUAUUGGAAUUAAUGUUUUGUGUAUUGGGAAUUAUUGACGGAUGGAGUAACACCCAAAAUGACUUGAAUGACUUAUGAGAGAGCUGAAGGAGAAAAUACAGCUAUAGUAUAAAUGCAGGCACAAACAGGCCCUGCGAUGGACAGUAAUUAUAACUAUAGACCGAAGGGUCAAGGUCAGUCACAAAGAAAAAGAUGUCUGAAGGACAGUCGUAUGAACAGUAGUCAGGGCAGCUGUUCAUCUGACGAGGAAUUCCAUUCAGAUGACAACUUACGACCUUACGAGGAGGUGAAGGUCGCUCACCAGGACAAAAAACUCAAUGGGUUAGGUCUAACCCCUGAAGAGCAUGUUGAGCUAACAGCCAUGGACCAAAAAGUUCACAUGAUGUGUUCCAAAAAUAACAACAAAACCCCUCGCUUCUACACGUACCGUGAGGGGUCGGAGGGGGAAGAGUCCGAACAGAAUCUCUCAGUGUCCACAAAACACGCCUCCCUAAGUGUCAAUCAUCAGGGGUCACAGUGCUCAAUUUCAUCCAAUGAAAUGGACAAUAUGCAUUCUAUGCGAAAUGAAGUUGUUUCCAGGUCAGAUUCUGACCCCGACAACCAAAAUCAUCACAUUAACUCACCGCUUGGCCAAAAUAAAUUCCAUCAUGCAGCUACAGCACCAGGGGGUCUACCACCCUGUUUUAACCCCCCUCCACCACCGCCACCCAUAGAAGACAUUCCACAUCAAACGACGGUGCCACAGAGACUUAACAGGUGUAUAGGGCCAUCGUAUCGGGGGACCUACUCGGACGCCGACAUGUGUCAAUGUCGGGGUCACUUUGUGGACUCUAACACUGCGUUACUACACAAUCACCACAGUAUAAGGGGACAUUACUCAGACAAUGAGAACCCCUAUCACAGGGGACAUUCGUGCUCAGACAGUGAACAUUAUCAUCAAGUGAGACCUUGUGUUUAUUCGGGGGAGGAGAGUGACUUUGAACCCCAUUAUUUGGAGCAGACUGCCUCAGGCAAUGUCUUCAUUCCAGAUGGACAACCUCGGUUUCCACGCACAGUGCCAAGGUCAGGGUCAGUGCCAAUGUCAAGGUCAGGAGAGCUAGUCAGUCCACAACCCAUCAGACCCCAGUGUUCUAACACAGUCCCCAGUCACUUCCUCAAUGGGGAGCACCACAAUUCUGAGAGGCAGGCCUUUCUACCACACGGUCAGUGUGGAUACCCCGCCAAUAUGACAUCUCCACCCCGCUCUCACGACUGCGGCUACACAAAGUUUGGCAAUACUCCCCACUACAUGAAAAAGAAGUUAAAAAGAUGGAGCUGGAAGUGGGCUGCCUUAAUUCUAGUCAUUAUUUGUGUGGGACUUCUGGCUGCCACCACUUAUUUUGCAGCUCAUUUGACGUUUGAGAAAAAUGAGAAAAAAGAGGAAGUACCUGGUGCCUUAAACCACACAGUUUUAAAGUUCACCCAGACCCCCUUCCACCUAGACGAUAGUAGACCCACCUACACAACAAUUCCUCCUCUAACCCUGUGGCAGACCUACUUCAAUCAAAAAGAUUCCAAGUUUGUCAAGUUUGAUUUCACCAUUCCAAGCAGCGCUCGCCUGGCGAUCUACGGCAGACGGAACUUUCCUCCCACCAUUGCUCAGUUUGAUUUCUACCAGGUUUAUGAUGGGAGUACCAUUAAAGACCCUUCAGCUCAAACAAUGAGGGAUAGGUAUAAGCGAUCCUUACCUGACAAGCAGACAGCGCUGGUACAGCUAAUGGAGAAGGGCAAGUGGUACAUUACAAUAUACAAUGACCGGGAUCAACCGCAGGAAAUAGGAGUCUCCAGGACCACCAUCGACUCUAUGGGAUCCAGUUGUGAGAGGGAUUGUUUUGGACAUGGACUCUGUGAUAACCAGGGGAGGUGUCAGUGUUUUAAUGGAUACCAUGGACCAUACUGCUCAGAACUUGAGUGUCCCCGCCUGUGUAACGGCCAGGGGGAGUACAGACAGGGAGUGUGUGUCUGUCACGAGGGGUGGAAGGGUCCCGAGUGUGACACCCCAGCCAACAAGUGUGAGAAUCCCACAUGUAACAACAGGGGGCGCUGUGUGGACGGCCAGUGUCAGUGUGACAAGGGAUUCACCGGACCCCACUGUGGUAUAGUGACCUGUAUAGAUCCUAGUUGCUCUGGUAACGGGCUUUGUCACCUGGGUAAAUGUGUCUGCUAUAAGGGGUUCAAGGGAGACCACUGUCAAUUACCAGACAAACUAAACCUGACCCACCUCUGUGCCCGGGACUGCUCGGGCCACGGGCAGUUUGACUGGGAUACGGGCCGGUGUGUCUGUCAUCGAUUCUUCACGGGCCGGGACUGUGAACAAGGUCAGAUAUCAUUCCAUAUUAGGAAGCACGCAGAGAUGUGUCGACUCCGGUGUAUUAACGGACGGUGCCACAAUCAGCGCUGUGUGUGUGAUAAGGGCUGGGGUGGAGUUCUGUGUGACACACGUAACUGUGACCCUCGAUGUGACGGUGUGAAGGGCCAGUGUGACAAAGGGACAUGUAUCUGUAGAACGGGCUGGAACGGCAAACACUGCACCAUAGAUGGGUGUCCAAAUGGUUGCAGUAACCAUGGGAACUGUCGUCGUUAUGGUAACAGUGGAUACAAAUGUGACUGUCACACAGGUUGGAAGGGGAGUGGCUGUAACAUCGCCAUGGAGAUGAUGUGCUCAAACAAUGUAGAUGAUGACAAUGACGGCCUGAGUGAUUGUCUGGACCCGGACUGUUGCUCUAGUGCGGCCUGUACCAGGAGUCCCUUCUGUCAGACGGUACAAGACCCGGCCGAGAUUCUGCUACAGAAACCUAAACCAAGCUCCACCGCAUCCUUCUUCAAGAAAAUGAAAUUCCUGAUCGACAACAACAGCAUACAGAAGGAGACAUCAAAGAAUGCAUUUAAUGAAAGCCAGGUGUCAGUUAUCCGUGGUCACGUAGAGACAAGGGACGGGACUCCGUUAGUGGGGGUACGGGUCAAUGUCAGGAUACAGCCCCUGUACGGACACACACUGACCAGGAAUGACGGAAGGUUUGACAUUCUUGUGAAUGGAGGAGGUUCUGUUACCUUGGAGUUUACACGGCAACCACUUCAGUCUCACACCAUUAGUGUGUCAGUACCAUGGAACCAGAUCAUCACCAUGGAGACGGUCAUCAUGGAUCUCCAGUCCGGGGACUUCACGGAGCCUGACCCCUCCUUGUGUGGGGUGGGGCAUGACCACCACAGCAUGAAACCCAUCGUCUUGUCCACCUGGCAACACACUCAACUGGGGGCAUGUCCAGAAAAAAGCACUCUCAUUCCAGAGUCUCAGGAGUACUUCCAUCACACCUACAACUUCCAAGAAGGUAUCCUACACAAGGGAGAUGGGAGUAACAUUUACCUGAAGGAGAAGCCCCAGGAGCUGGUCUGUAUCCUAGGUAACGGUAUCCAGAGGAAGCUUGACUGUGCCAUGUGUAACGGUGACGCCUCUAACAAUCAGGUGCGAGCCCCGGUAGCCCUGGCCAGCGGCAGUGAUGGAAGUCUGUAUAUCUGGGACGACAACUUCAUCAGGAAACUCUCUCCAGGCAGAACAGAGAUUGUCAGUAUCCUCAAAACAGACUCUGUGUUUCACAAGACAUAUAUGACAGUGAGUCCAGUGAAUGGGAAGUUGUACAUCUCUGACUACAUGCAUCACCGAGUCAUCCAAAUCGCCACCAUGGGGCCUGUCCAGAAUCUAGAGCAAAACUUCAAGGUCAUUGCUGGGAAUGGAGAGGAGUGUUCCACAGGACUGCUGGAUGAGUGUGGGGACGGGGGACUGGCCAUUCAGGCUAGACUGCUGGGACCUAAAGGUAUUGCUAUCAACAAGGAGGGAGUGAUUUACAUAGCAGACAACCUCAACAUCAGGCAGAUUUCUGCCACAGGGAUUAUCACAACUCUGAUUGGCUCACACAACCAACUCAGAACACAGGAGCCUAUGUCAUGUGACCAUAGCAGACCAGCCAGUCAGGUUCAGCUUCACUGGCCCACAGCUCUGGCUAUAGACCCACUGGACGACUCGCUCCACAUUCUGGAUAAAAACGUCAUCCUGAAGCUGACCAAGGACAACUACAUAGUGACCAUCGCUGGCCGACCCAGUAACUGUCCAAUCAGGAGCAUCGGCUCUCUGUUAUCUGGAAUACUGUCCGAUGAGGAGGAGGCUUCAGGAAUCGCUGCUGAGGUCAGACUGGUGGACGCGCAGAGCAUCACCUUCGGCCCUCACGGAGAAAUCCACGUGGUGGAGAGUGACCAACACAGGAUAAACCGAGUCCGCGUCAUCACUUCUGAUGGCAGGAUCCAUCACUUUGCUGGCUCUAAAUCCAAGUGUGACUGCAAGUCCAAGACCUGUCUGUGUUAUGAUGCAAAGGAGACUUUAGCAGCCCAGGCACUGUUUAACUCCCUUACCUCUAUCACUGUGACACCAGAUGGCAUUGUUCACAUCGCAGACAAUGGAAACUUACGUGUGUUUUCUAUCAUGUCUAAGCUUCCUCAACCAGAUACUAACAACAAGUAUAAGGUCUACUCUCCCGACACAAAGGAGAUGUACAUAUUUAAUGACCACGGUCAACAUCAACAGACGGUGGACAUCAUGACCGGCCAGUACAUGUAUAACUUUACAUACAAUGUCAACUCCUUCUUCAGUAAGCUGGUGUCUGUCACUGAUGACAUCAAAAACAUGAUAGAGCUGACCCGCGACAGCAAUCUGCAGGUCACCCAGGUCAUCUCCCCCACCAACCAAAGAUCCAAAGUGGAAAUGAACAACUUACACCGACUUCAAAGAUUUACGUCUCCCAAUAACAACUCUGUGUCCUUUACGUAUAAAGGAACCACGGGCUUACUGGAGUCUAAGUACCUCAGUAACGGUCAGAGUUACUUCUACAACUACAACGACAAGGGGCGACUGAUGGAGACCCGACAACCUACAGGGGAGAUAACCUCCCUAGUUACCGACAUCAACACAACAGGGUCAAUUGUCAGGGUCAACACAGACAGCAGUGAUGUCAUCUCCAUGGCAACCUAUGGCAGUGUGCAGUCAGUCAUGCAUGUGAAAAUCUCUCAGGGGGCAGCAGAGACCCAGGUGACCUAUUUACCAGAUGGAGGGGUUGUGGUCAUGUACCCCACCAACAUGUCCAUAACCAUAGAAUCUGGGGGACACCCGGUCCUGUCCAAUCAACACAGGAUGCACUUCAAGCGGAAGAUCAUCGGUCCAAACCAGCUGGUCCACAAACUGGAGUGGAGGUUCUACGCCCGUCGCCGGUACAGCCCGUCCUGUGGGCGUAAGACCCUGCAGAGACUGGGCAGUAAAAUGAGGGUAGGGGAGUCCCGCCCGCAUGUUAGCAUGUCUGACUCGCCUGACAUGUCCUCCAGAGGCGAGGCCAAAGCCCUCAGGAUAAAUGGAGUGAAUCUCUUGUCUGUGGAGUACGACCGUGUGAACCACACAGAAAGCAUACUUAAUAAAGACUCCCAGAACAUCCUAUGGAUCAUGUACGAUGACAGCGGCCUGCCGGUCCAGUUCCUCCCAUGUAGUGAGCAUCACGCCAUGAACAUCACGUAUAACCAGCGGGGACAAAUCACGCACUGGCAGUACGGAGAGAUGUGGGAGGAUCUAACGUAUAACAGGGACAAACUGCUGCUGGAGCGAUCUAGAUCGGGGACUGUCCAGUACAGAUUUAACUACAGAUACGGAAAGUCAUUGCCUACAGACAUUGUAAUGCCCAGCGGUAAGCAGUACUACUUGGAGUAUAACAGUCUUGGAGAACUGGAGAAGAUUCGAACCCCUGACCUUGGUUACCACCAUUUUAACCACAUCACCUCUAUUGGGAAGCAGCGGUAUCUUUACCACAUACCAGGACUGUCAUACCCUUACUCUGAGGAAUACGAUGGCAAUGGUAAACUCCUUAUGGUGGUUUAUCCCAGUGAACAGAGGCGCGUGGCUUACCGUUACAACAGCUAUUCUCAACCCACGACGGUUCUUUUCGACGAGACACAGGUAGAACUGGAAUACAACGAGCAGAUCCUAAAACUGUCGCAGUCCACCAUCUCCAGUGGACCCUAUAGCUGUGUGGAGACCUACGCUUACUCCGGAUCACUGGUGUCCAGCUACGACGUGACCUUCCCAAAAGACGAUAAAUUAAUCACCGGGUCAUUUUCCUACACCUAUGAUAAUAACUUCAGGAUAACAAAGAUUGACGCAGGUUUCGGUGUGCACAUUAAUGGAACUAGCACUAGUUAUACAUAUGAUACCAACACAGGCAAACUUAAAACACUGGGUCCAUUGAACUUAACAUUUAGAACAAUGUACGAUUCAGAGACAAUAUCAGAUAAGUUUGUAACAGUUACUCGCAGUUAUGAUAAAUAUGGACGGGUGGAGAACACAAAGUAUCGAUUUGAUAGAGACGGUGUGCUGACAUUAAAAGUAGGGUACGAUGUCUACAACAGGAUCCACAGGUGGCAAAGGAAUGUUAAUGGGGAAGAAAUCAAAUACAUGUACAUGUACGAUAAGGACAGUAAUAUCAUAGAAGUCUUUAUUAAUGGGCAGUCUGCCUGGAGAUUUAGCUAUAGUAAUAACGGAAACAUUAACCGCGUGACGGAGGAUGGAAUUCCAAAGGACCUGGAAUAUGACACAGGAGACCGGAUUAUCAAGUCCGGCAACAAACAGUACAAGUUUGACGAGGAUGGAUUCAUGGCCAAGAGACACAAUCAGGAUCUCAAGUUUAAUUCUAAUGGACAGUUGAUGUACGUGGCUAAAACUGGCAAAUACCGCUACUUUUACUUCUAUGACUCCUUUGGAAAAUUAGUUCUCAUGGAAUCUAAUGGUGGAGAAACAAUGCAGUACUUCUACAGUGAUGCUUCAAAUCCUGAUCGCAUCACCCACACGUAUAACAGAACCUCCUUAGAGGUCACGGAGUACAUUUACGAGCCCAGCGGAAACCUAAUAGCCAUGAAGCGAGGUGGAGUGGUGUACUACAUCGCUUGUGACCCCAUGGGCUCCCCAAUAGCGGUGAUGAACAAACAAGGCCAUAUCAUCAAGUCCAUUGUGUAUGAUCCUCUGGGGAGGGUGGAGAAUGACACCAAUCCCAGUUUCGAGUUCAGUUUUGGAUUCCAGGGAGGGUUGUACAAUCCCGUUACAGAGCUGGUCAUCUUUAGUAGCCGAGUCUACGACACAGAUAAUGGCCGCUGGCUGUCUCCCAGUUACAAGAACAUCAUCCACAACAUCAAGAAAAUCCUAGAGGCACCAGCACUGCUCAACAACUACAGAUUCCAGUAUCUGGUGAACACACACACAAAGACCUCCUACCCCAUACUCUCUGUAACUGAGUGGAUGUCCAUGCUGGGGUACGACAUUAGGAGCCUGGCUCCGGACAUAUCGUACACGGGAGAAAUUCGUCCAAAGAAGAAGGACACCGAUCUCUCCUUACUGCCGACGUCCUCCGCCUUUGAGUGUACAUUCCUUCAGGAUAUGGACAGCUUGCUGACCAUGUCCAUUGUUCCAAAGUCCAAACUAUCACCACUGCAGACGAGGACAGAUGUGCAAUUCGCUGCUCUAGCAAGUAUCUUUGGCGACGGAGUAACUCUGUCUUAUCGUAAUGGCCGUGUAGAGGUCGGGGUCAUGGAGAAGACUCCUGAUUGGUCGAAACAACUAGCCCUCGUGCUGGUGAAUGGCUCGGAGAUUCUCGACUUGCAGUAUAUUAUCAAUGGCAAGGACGUACAUUAUUUUGUGAAACCAGAAAGUUCUAAGGCGGCGGAGGAUUUGAAAACUUUAGGAAUCUAUAAUGAUGAAAUUCGAUAUGAGAAUGGACUCAAUGUGACAGUGAAGAGGCCUGCUCACAGAAGAACGGAGACGGACAUCAAGCUUCAUGGCAAGCAUUCCAUAAUCAACAUUAGAUACGGCACAACGUUAGAACUCGAGAGGCAGCGAGUUCUCAGCCACGCCACAACUCGGGCAGUUAACCAUGCCUGGAGGCGAGAAAAAUGGAUUCUACAAAACUCGCUCACAUCGCAAUAUCAAUGGACUUCAUAUGAAGUGAAUGAAAUUCUGACCCACGGAUCAGCGAGGGGAUACGAGGGUCGAUACAGACAAUCUCAAACCCCGACUCAAUAUCCCGAAUUAUCUGAUGACUGUAACAGCAUCAAACUCCAGAAAACCAACAGGUGAUACACAUAGACAAUAUCCUUGUUAUCAAUUUUGAGUUAUUCCCAGUGAGGGUGCCAAACAAUCAGCUGGAAAGAUUCAGAGAAGGAAGAUAAUUCCUGAUUUCUUAUUGAAGCUGAAAUUUAUAAUGAUAUCCCUAGCAUCUCAUAAUGUGUUGUGAUUACUUACACUAACAGACACAAAUCAAAUUGUGCCAUGGAAACAAAAUAAAAUGAUAUGAAUGUGCUUAGGCAAGAACGGAUGGAUUCUUGUGGUGCUACAGUGAGACUGAGUGAGAGUGUUAUUGUUGAUAUACAUGUGUGAUGUCAUAAAAUAUUUAUUUAUUAUCCAAUCAAAAGCAUGGAUACAUGAUCAUUAUCCAGUAUCUAAGAAUUGUAUUCAUGAAGAAGUUGUGAAAUAUUCCGGUAGGUAUACUCCAGGAGGUGGUUUAUCCAGGGGUACCCGAUUGUACCCCAGAACGCCGUUUCCGUGGGUAUUGACCUAAUUAGACAGUGCUAUUUGUGUAUCAGUAUUGUGGACUAUGAUACAAAUGUUAUUGGUCAUAUCAAAACUGCUGACAUUUUCAUACUUACAUAUACUAGUCACUUUCCAUCAUCACUGUUUUAACUUGUAUAUGCUGGUCACUAUACCAAGCUGAUGAUCAUGUGACUUAAAAAAAAAGAUGUGUUUUCUCAUCCAAAUUUGCAUGCACAUAUCUUUUGUUUUCUUUUUAAGUAUCAUAUUUUGUAAUAUUUUAAACUGUCCACUUUUAAAAAUGUUUACAUGAAGUAAUUUAACAUUUUAAGGUAUUUUUAACUAGGUAGAAUUUUUGACAGGGUCAAGGAUGACUGUAGACUGUUUUCCGCUACAGCUGUGCAAUAUUUUAGGAAAUCAAACUUUCCUUCUUCCAUUUGAUGAUGUUUUUGGAGUAAUUGCUAUGUUCUUUUCUGCAAUCCUGAAUGUUUGUGUAUUUUUAUGUGUUCCUAUCAAACAUUAUUUUCCUUUGUAUGUGUCAAUACAAGGACUUGAACAUGAUUGAGUUCUUCCUCUACAAUAAAGUCAUAAUUAAGAGAAACAUUAUAUACAUUUUGUCUUAAGAUGGCAAGGCAUGCCCUGUGUUUAUAAAACAAAUCUGUUCUUUUGUUUAUAACUGUGAUAUGUGUUUUUGUUGCAGCAAACAAACUCGAUCUGUUCACCAGUAAUAAAACCUGAGCCCUUUAUCUUCGUAAGAUAGAAAUCUGUUUCAUGUUUUCAUUUUUCUUUGUAACUUGUGCCAAACUUUAUUUUUUAAGCUCUCUCAAUGUAAACCUGUUAACUAGUCCCAUUAACUAAUUAUCACUUUGACCAUUGCAGAAUAACUAUAAACAGAGUGGCCAUGAAAUGAUCUUAGUUAUUCUGUCAUGAGUAUGUCAUUUAGUGUCACAAAUAUAUAUGUCAUAAUAAACGUUACGAGACAUAACCGUUUGUCUUAUGAUGUCAUGAAGCAGUUCUGUCAUUACUUGUAUGUCUUAUGAUGUCAUAAAGCAGUUCUGUCAUUACAUGUAUGUGUUAUGAUGUCAUAAAGCAGUUCUGUCAUUACAUGUAUGUCUUAUGAUGUCAUAAAGCAGUUCUGUCAUUACAUGUAUGUCUUAUGAUGUCAUAAAGCAGUUCUGUCAUUACAUGUAUGUCUUAUGAUGUCAUAAAGCAGUUCCUUAUGCUUUCUGUACAGACUAUAUAUAUUAUACAGUUAAGAUACUCUUUAUUGCUGUCUAUAGGCUCUCCAUUUACAAAUUAAAAACAAAUGAACUUA